AUGAACUAUGUUGUCCAACGAGACCUGCGAGAACACCAGCAGCGUCUCGCGGCCGAGAGCCCCCUGACCAGCGCCCUCAUGUUCACCGCCGGGGUGACCGGUAACCUGGUGGCCCUGGUCAUACUGGGGCUGCACAAGAAAGACAACCGGAGCCACGUAUCGCUCUUCCACAUCCUGGUGACCGGGCUGCUGGUCACCGACCUGGCCGGCACUCUGCUCAUCAGCCCGGUGGUGCUCACGGCUUACGCCCGGGGAAGGAGCCUGAAGGCGCUGGACCUGUGCCAGUACUGCGCCUUCGCCAUGGCUUUCUUCGGACUGGCGUCCAUGCUCAUCCUGUUCGCCAUGGCCGUGGAGCGCUGCCUGUCGCUCAGCCACCCUUACUUCUACCAGCGGCACACCAGCAAGCGCUGCGGCAUCAUGGAUUAA